CAUGGAUCGUUACUGUUAGGAUCACUCACAGUUUGGCAGCGGUACAGCACAGUUCGUUCAGUUGUUUCCUCCUCAGGAGCCGGGAUUUAAUUGUUCGGAAAACGUUGUGUGUUUGAUUGUGUGAUUAUGCGUUGUUCCUUGAAACGGUUUGUCCUUGUGUUAGCACUUCUGUACUUAGUGCCACAUACAUGUGGACAAGAAGACAAUCAUUUAACAUGCGGUAGACGCAAAGUGAAAACGCAAUAUUAUAUUCACCAUGGCGUUAAUGCCAGGGCUGGCCACUGGCCGUGGCAUGCGACGAUCUAUCAUCAAAAUAAAUACGCUUGCGGUGGAUCCAUUAUUGAUGAGAGUACCAUUCUCACGGCAUCCCAUUGCGUGUAUCUUGAAAGCGGAGUGAUCUCGAAAACUCGCGUGUCAGUACACGUGGGUAGGAUCAAUCUUAAAGAAAGUAGUGAACACACGCAGACGUUCGAUGUGCGCGACAUAAUAGUACAUCCGGGAUUUAGUAAAGACAGCAUCAUCAAGGACAUUGCUCUGAUCAAGCUAAGCUCCAACAUCACCAUGACGAAGUACGUGCAACCCGUCUGUCUGUGGACAAUGGACAGCAAGCUGGAUACGAUCGUGGGCAGAAACGGAACGAUCGUUGGAUUUGGUUCGAACGAGCACAAUGUUGUGUCGGAUCAGCUGAAACAGGCUUUGAUUGGUGUGAUGGAUCCUUUGACGUGCAUUGCAACUGAUCGUGAUGUGUUUGGAACGCAUCUGACGACGGAUAUAUUCUGUGGGAAAGGACAAACGGGUGUAAGUGCGUGCAACGGUGAUAGCGGUGGCGGUAUGUUUUUCGAAACCAAUGGCAAAUGGUACGUGAGAGGCUUGGUGUCGUUCUCUCCAGAGCGUGGUAACACGACGCUAUGCGAUCCGCUAAAGCCCACCGCCUAUACCGACGUGGCGAAGUACCUGAAUUGGAUUAAGCAGUACAUUGAUCAGCGAGUGCUUACCUACGACAGCGACGUGCUGGAUAUAGAUUAUGAGGAAAAGCUACGCCUGUUCAACUUCAAAACGUGUGGUGUGAAAGUAUCUCAGGUAGACAAUUAUAAUACCAGUUGGACUCUGCCAUGGGUUGGGUAUGUCACGUCACAACAUGAAAACAAACAUAGGUGUGUUGUUACGCUCAUAAGCGAUUGGUAUGCUGUGGGGUCGGCAGAUUGCUUCGAAAACAAUGGCGUCGACGCGUAUGUGUUGCUUGGAUAUGGACUAGAAUCCCCGGAUGCGGAAUGUUUCGUAAAUAAUGGGUCGACCCUUUGUCACCAUCCUUCACAACAACGGCGUAUUAAAAAUUUCAUAAUUCAUCCAAAGUUUGACAGGACUAAUGAUGUCAACAAUAUCGCACUUAUCGAGCUGCUGACCCCAGCAGACACCAGCCAGGUUAAUGUGAAGCCUAUCUGCGUACCUGUUACGUCCGAGCUAAGAACGAACGCAAAGAGAAACUUGCACGUGGCGGUGCUUUCAUCCACAGGCAAUUCUUUAAAAACCGUUCCCAUGCGCUAUGUGGAGUCCGUCGAGUGCAGAAGACAGUACGCCGAGAGUAAGUUGGCGUUGAAUCUAGAAAAUAGCUUCUGUGCAGAGAUGGCAAACAAGCAGGACGCACAGCAUUGCUUUUCAAUGAGAGAAGGAACACCACUGCAUGAGAUAAGGAUGAUCAAUGGUACGAAGCGUUACUUUUUGAGAGGGUCCAAACUGCUUGGAUCGAUCUGUGACGCAGAGGCGCUGCCAGCCGUUUUCAGCAAUACCGAAGCGUAUCUCGACUGGAUACUGUACAACAUGAGAUACAACACGCUCGAGCCCACGAAUGCUUUUAGAAUUACAACCGUCAACACAACUGAACAAACACUCGAGUCGGAGUGGAGCAAGCUACAACAGCAGCCGGGAAAGGAAAAUCUACGUCUUUUCAAUAUGAACACCUGUGGUUUAACCAGCACGCGUAACCAGAACUUGGGUCAAAUGGCUGUCAUGCCUUGGAUUGGAUUUUUCGAGUUGAUAGAAAAUUCCACCGAUGAGUCCCCUUCGACGCGGAGCUUGGCAGUGCUCAUAAGCGAAUGGUAUGCUUUGGUCCCCAAAAGCAGUGUACAGAACGGUGCAACAUGGCGAUAUCUUCUCUUAGGUAAAUUUAAUCCAGACGUGCCAUGCUUUCCCCCUACAUGUGUACCAACAUACCAGGAGGUGGAUAUCAAGAACGUUAUCCUUCCUCCAGCCGACGAAUCUAAGCAAAUCUUUGUCCUGAUAGAGCUGCUCGAACCGGCUGAUCUAACCAAUCCCUACAUCAAACCGAUCUGUUUACCCUUCAUGGACCAGCUAUAUCGGAACAAGCCUACGGAAGUGGUUUUAUCAUCCGCAAGUAGUAAUUCGUAUGCCAUCCAAAGCAAGAAGCUAACUAUGGUAGACCAACCGACAUGCCGACAACGAUUAAUGCGUGAGGGCUUUUUGCCACCCUCCGAGGGGAACCCGUCAUGUGCAAUCGAAGCAGAUAAGUUCAAACAAACGAAAAUGUCCCUCGCAAUGGGCAGUCCGUUUCAGAUGGCGGUUGGGUACGGAGGACGCACGCGCUACUUUCUGUACGGGAUGAAUUUCCAGAUACGAGAUACUUAUGAGGAACUGGUCUACGGUCCGUACUUGUUUGACGCGGUUGUGAUGUCGGAUCUUGAAUGGGUAUUGGCGAAUAUGCAGCAAAAGGAGCAGCAAACUUCAUUCCAGAGCGCAACGAGAAAUGAACGGGUGAAUUUAAGACCUGUUCAACAUGCUUCCAAGAGGACACUGUUCAAUUUUAACACCUGCGGUAUAUCGUCCAGAAGGGAUCCAACACCAUGGAUGGGAUAUGUCUUCUCCAAUGCACCGUUUUUCAAUGAAAGCAGAUGCUCGGCGACACUCAUUAGCGACUGGUACGUUCUUAGCGCAGCAGACUGUUUCGAAGAUCCUAGUGCAGACCACAUCAUACAAUUUGGUGAUGAUAUGGAUGCUCAGCAAAUUGCCACUCAGAAGAUAUUCGUUCAUCCGCGGUACAAUAGAACCAAUCAUUAUAACGAUAUCGCGUUGGCAUUGCUGCGCAGCUCUGUAGAUACGUCUGGGUCGAGUGUAAAACCCAUCUGUUUGCCAAUCAUCAAUCAAAUACGAAGUUAUGAUACAUUGAGUUUGAUAUUGGUUGGGCAUACUUCAACUUCAGAUUCUGAGUACAGAAUAACGAAUAUUAAUGGCAGGUACAUAGAUAUGGCAGAGUGUCAAAAACGGUGGCAAGGCUUGAAGGUGAGCAAUACCAUAGAUAGGUCGACACAUUGUGUGAUUACCAAACGAACGACCGAUGAUGAAUGUGUUGGUUUAUUCACUGGCGCUUCACUUCACUCACUGCAAUCACUAAGAUCGGAACAUAGACACUUUAUGCGUGGGUUUACUGUCACCGCCCCUAAAGCUUGUAGCAUCUAUUAUCCAGCUAUCUAUACAAACACAGAUGCCUAUUUGGAUUGGAUACUGGAAACAAUGGAGCCGCCAGCAGUUCAGCUGAACGGCAGACGGCAUCGAGAGGAGUUUCGAUUUUGA